AUGGUGUCCGUGUGGCCAAGGCUCGAGAAAUCUAAAGAUUUGGGAAGGAGAAAAAAACAUGGCCCCAGUGUGGCCAGGACUAAUAAACCGAAAGACUUGGUUGAUGCAAAGGGAAUUGAGAUCGGCCAGUAUCCGGUGUGGCGAGGACGUGAUGGACUGGCUCUGUCGUCCAAUUGUUUUGUUGUUGAGUUCCCAUCAUUUUCCUUCUAA